UCGGACUUCGGAUUCCUAAGCUUUUAUAGGUUAUUUUUUACUUAUAAAGAAUACUAUUAUAAUUACAGUGUAAAAAGCUAUGUGUUAAUAUAGUACGCUAGUUGUAGAUAAAGGAAUUACUUCUAAGUUAAACGAUGAAAACAAUAUUCAAAAUAUACUUUUUGUUCUUCGAGAUAGGCCUAGUGGAAAUUUAAAAGGCACAUAAGCUAGCCUAGCCUAGUUCUGGACUUAGCUCUUCAUCUCUCUAACUUAGCAAGAAUGAGUGCCAAUUCAAUUGAAAUCCCUCUACGGGAUACCGAUGAGGUGAUUGAGCUUUAUUUUGAUCAACUGCCUGAUGGAGAUGAAGUGGUUGGCAUUCUACGUGGAGAAAAUGCCCAGUUGCAUUUAUGGGUCAACCUUGCUCUUGAAUAUCACAAACAAGGCAAGAUUGAUGAUUUUAUCAAGAUUUUGGAAUCUUCACGUAUGGAUGCCAAUGUGGAUUAUCGAGACUAUGAGAAAGAUCAGAUGCGAGCCCUGGACAUGCUUGCUGCAUACUACGUCCAGCAAGCCAAUCAUGAGAAAAACAAGGACAAGAAGAGGGAUCUUUUUGCCAAGGCCAAUGAUUUGUACACAACUGCGGACAAGAUCAUCAUGUACGAUCAGAACCAUCUGUUGGGGAAAGCAUACUUUUGCCUCUUGGAAGGAGACAAGAUGGAACAAGCUGAUGCUCAGUUUAAUUUUGUGCUUAACCAAUCUGUGAACAACAUACCGUCUUUGUUGGGAAAAGCCUGCAUUGCAUUCAACAAGAAAGAUUUCCGAGGCGCCUUGGCGUUUUACAAAAAGGCUCUCAGAACUAACCCUAACUGCCCAGCUGCCGUCAGGUUGGGAAUGGGCCAUUGUUUUAUGAAGCUGGGAAAUCAGGAAAAAGCAAGACUGGCGUUUGAGAGAGCGUUGGACCUAGAUUCGCAGUGUGUGGGUGCGUUGGUCGGGUUGGCUAUCCUACAGUUGAACCGUCAACAGCCUGAGGAUAUCCGUACUGGAGUACAAAUGCUCAGUAAAGCCUACACCAUAGACUCUACCAACCCCAUGGUUCUCAACCACCUUGCUAACCACUUCUUCUUCAAGAAGGAUUAUCAUAAGGUGCAACAUUUAGCUCUUCAUGCGUUUCACAACACGGAAAAUGAAGCAAUGCGGGCUGAGAGUUGUUAUCAGCUGGCUCGAGCGUUCCAUGUACAAGGAGAUUAUGACCAGGCUUUCCAGUAUUACUACCAAGCUACCCAGUUCGCUCCCCCUGCAUUUGUGCUACCAAAUUUCGGUCUUGGCCAGAUGUACAUUUACAGAGGUGACACGGAAAAUGCAGCACAGUGUUUUGAAAAGGUUUUGAAAGCACAGCCUGGCAACUAUGAAACUAUGAAGAUUUUGGGAUCUCUAUACGCAAGUUCUACUAGCCAGUCAAAAAGAGACAUUGCCAAAAAUCAUCUGAGAAAGGUAACAGAGCAGUUCCCGGAUGAUGUGGAGGCGUGGAUUGAGUUGGCGCAGAUUUUGGAACAGUCAGAUCUGAAUGCGUCGUUGGCUGCAUACGGAACUGCUACCAAGAUAUUGAGGGACAAAGUGCAAGCAGAAAUCCCUCCGGAGAUUCUCAACAACGUCGGAGCCCUGCAUUACAGACUCAACAAUUAUGAAGAGUCCCGAAGGAGCUUGGAGGAGUCGCUAGGACGAGCUAGGGUGGAGGCAGAACAUGAUCCUCAGUAUUACAACUCCAUCGCCGUGACGACCACCUACAACCUGGCUCGACUCAAUGAGGCGUUGUGUCAGUUCGACCGAGCGGAGAAACUGUACAAGGACAUCCUCAAAGAGCAUCCUAACUAUGUUGACUGUUAUCUAAGGUUGGGUUGCAUGGCGAGAGACAAGGGUCAAAUCUACGAGGCGUCUGAUUGGUUCAAGGAGGCUCUGCGGAUAGACAAUGAACACCCGGACGCAUGGUCAUUGCUCGGAAACCUGCAUCUGGCCAAGAUGGAGUGGGGACCCGGGCAGAAGAAGUUUGAACGAAUAUUGAAGAACCCAGUGACCUCCAAUGACGCUUAUUCUCAGAUUGCCCUUGGAAAUGUUUGGCUGCAGACUCUUCAUCAACCUAGCAAGGACAAAGCUAGAGAGAAGGUUUACCAGGACAGAGCUCUGGCGAUGUACAACAAAGUGCUACGUAGUGAUCCUCGCAACAUCUGGGCCACCAACGGCAUCGGGUGUGUUUUGGCACACAAGGGAUGCGUUAACGAAGCCAGAGACAUCUUUGCACAAGUACGUGAAGCCACAGCUGACUUCUGUGAUGUCUGGCUCAACAUAGCACACAUCUACGUGGAGCAGAAACAGUAUGUCAGUGCGAUUCAGAUGUACGAAAACUGUCUUCGUAAAUUCUACAUGUACCAUCACGUUGAAGUCCUCCAGUACUUGGCAAGGGCUUACUUCAAGGCUGGCAAACUGAAAGAAGCAAAGGGAACACUUUUGAAGGCCAGAAGAGUAGCUCCACAAGACACUGUGUUGCUCUACAACAUCGCGUUGGUCCUGCAGCGAUUGGCCAUGCAGAUCCUUAAGGAUGAAAAGUCCACGCUGCAGACUGUCCUGCAAGCUGUUCACGAACUUGGCUUGUCGCACAAAUACUUCCAGUACCUGUCGCAGAAUGGGGAGAGGAUGAGGUACGACGUGGCUGUCGCAGGGUUAGAGGCACGACAGUGUCAGGACCUGUUGUCUCAAGCUCAGUACCACGUUGCGCGCGCUCGUCGACUGGACGAGGAGGAGAAACAGUUGAGACGCAAGCAAGAAGAGGAGCGGGAGAGUUUCCGUCUCAAGCAGCAGCAAGAACAGCGCGAACAAGAAGAGCGUAAAAAGUCUCAACUGGAAGAGAUGCUGCAGAAGAGGCAGGAAUACAAGGAGAAGACCAAGAACGCUCUUGUGUUUGGUGACAUGCCUAGUGAGAAGAAACCAGGCAAGGGACGGAGGAAAGAGAGAGACUACGUAUCUGACUCUGGUAGUGACAGGCCUCCGGGCAGUCCAUCACAGAAGGUGCCUAAACGCAAGAAAGAACCUGGAGAGAAGAAGAAGCGUGGACCAGGCGCUGGUCGUAAGAAGAGGGAGAAGAAUGCUGAAAACUUGGGCUCGGACUCUGACAGUGACAAUAAACCAAGACGCAAGAGAGCCAAAAAGGAACCUAAAGGCAGGAAGGGUAGACCAAAGGGUUCGGACGAGGGGCUGUCUGCCAAACAGAAGAUGAAGAUUGUCUCUAAGGCUACAAUAUCUACCAGUGAGUCCGACAGCGACAGCGGGAAACUCAAGAUUGCCAGCGGCAACGAGAGUGGCAGUGACAGAGGUGGCAAUGUCAAGAGGGGACGGAAGAGGAUCGCGUCUGGCAGUGGCUCAGGCUCGUCCCGCAGCAGGUCUGGGUCAAGGUCAAGGUCGCGCAGCAGGUCCAAGAGUGGCUCAAGGUCACGCAGUGGCUCUGGCUCAAGGUCCAGGUCUCGAUCCAAGAGCGGGUCCAGGUCUAGGAGUCGUUCUAGAUCCAGGUCUCGGUCACGCAGUGGAUCUCCCAGAUCCAGAAGCGGUUCUAGAUCUCGUAGUCCUUCCAGAUCAAGGUCACAUAGCAGGUCAAAGUCCAGAUCACGUAGCAGGAGCAGGUCACGGUCAGGCUCUAGGUCUCGGUCUCCGUCACCAGAAACAAGGAAAUCUGUAUCAGGCAGUGACGAUGAGGGUUCAGAUAAAGGAGGAAAAGGUUCCGGCAGUGGCAGUGAUUAAAGCAGUUUCUCGUCCACAAUUUUCUGACUUCACUGUGUUUUUUAUAUUUCGUUGUACAUUGCGUACGCUUACGUAGGUAUUCAAUAUUUUAUAGAACGUUUUCGAUACUGUACGCCCUUGGUUGGCCGAGAAGUUUGGUUGUUCAGUUUUGAUUGGGUCAAUCAGCUCUGAAGACAAGUGACAAAUGGUGAUUCCUUGUAAAAAAAGAUAUAUUUACAAAUAUACAUAGUAACUUUUACUACGAUAAAAACAGAAUCUAUACAGGUUAGACUAUUAUUAUCUAAACGAAUAUAUAUUUGUGUUACUAUAAACUACAACUGUUUUUCUGUGUUACAUUUGUUGCAAUAUUUUCUUAUUGAUUUUAAUUUGUUGAAAUUAAAGUUUUAUUGAGUUCUUGUCUUCCAAACAAAUGUUUUUUAGCUCUAAAACAAUAAACCACCCUUGGACAACUGACAGUGUACUGUAUCAUUUUAGAUUAAGAGGUUAUUUUACUGUAUAUAAUUACAAUAAAUUAUUGUAAAAACUA